GAAGCACUUAAGUUACAGGAGGAUAAUCGUCAAAAACGAGAAUAUACAUUGAAUGCUGUCAGAGAAAGGGAAAAUGAGGUCAAUAUGUUAACGCAGGAACGUCAUGAACUAUUGACAAAAGCUGAAAAUCUAGUUGAGAAAAUAGAACACAUAAAAAAUGAAAAGCGAUCAAUUAUACAUAAUAUUCGACGUAGUGAUGAUGAAAUUCAGCGGCAAAAUGAACUAAUACAAGAGUUAAGAGAUCAAAAGAGUGACAAUCUCAAGGCCUUUGGUCCUUCAAUACCUGAUGUGCUUAAUGCCAUCAAUAAUGAGACUCGCUGGCGUAAGAAACCUGUUGGUCCUUUCGGAAGAUAUAUUAAGCUAACAAAACCUGAAUGGAGAAAUACUUUGGAAUCAGUGAUUGGACAUUCUUUGACAGCUUUUUCUGUUAGUAAUCAUCACGAUCAACAACUACUAUCAGGGAUUUUAAAAAGAUUUCACUGCAACUCCCCAAUUAUUGUUGGCGAGGAUGACCAUUUUGAUUACUCCUCUGGAGAACCCGACAGCCGUUUUUUGACCAUUUUACGCGCGUUACACUUCGAUGAUGAAAAUGUUAAACGGCGACUUAUAAUUCAACAUCAUAUUGAAUCAGUUAUUCUUGUUGAAAAGCGUGCUAAUGCUGAUAGUAUUAUGAACAAUAAUGGAAGAGGGUUCCCUCAUAAUGUCAGCGCAUGCUACACCGUUGACGGGUUCAAGGUUGGGCAUAG